CCGCUGUGACCGAGGGGACGAGACAAGAUGGCGGCGCUGGGGGCGCCCCGGGCCCCGCGGCUCCCGAGGUCUCAGCUCCUGCUGCUCCCGCUGCUGCUGGCCGCAGCGCUGAGCCUUCCCCGGGCCGCCGGGGCCGCUUCGGCCGAGGCCUUCGACUCAGUGCUGGGCGACACGGCGUCCUGCCACCGGGCCUGCCAGAUGACUUACCCUCUUCACACAUAUCCCAAGGAAGAGGAGUUGUACGCCUGCCAGAGAGGCUGCAGGCUGUUUUCAAUUUGUCAGUUUGUGGAUGAUGGAAUUGACUUAAAUCGGACCAAAUUGGAGUGUGAAUCUGCUUGCACAGAGGCGUAUUCCCAGCCUGGCGAGCAGUUUGCUUGCCAUCUGGGCUGUCAGAGUCAGCUGCCGUUCGCCGAGUUGAGACAAGAACAACUCAUGUCUCUGAUGCCCAAGAUGCAUCUGCUUUUCCCUUUGACACUGGUGAGAUCAUUCUGGAGUGACAUGAUGGACUCAGCACAGAGCUUCAUAACCUCUUCAUGGACUUUCUAUCUUCAAGCUGAUGAUGGGAAAAUUGUCAUCUUCCAGUCUAAGCCAGAAAUUCAAUACCCAGCCCAAGGGGAUCGAGAUCACCCUGCACAUGAAAAAAACACACCUUUAAAAAAAAAGGCCUCAAAUCCACAGCCAGCAGGCUCUCAAACCCACAGAGGCUACUUUGAAGAUGGAGAAAGUGACAGCUUUUUUAAAUGCCUCUCUCUGAACUCUGGCUGGAUUGUGACCAUCACCCUCGUACUCUCAGUGCUGGUGUUGCUCUGGAUCUGCUGUGCCACUGUUGCCACAGCCAUGGAACAGUAUGUGCCACCUGAGAAGCUGAGCAUCUAUGGAGACUUGGAGUUCAUGAACGGCCAGAAGCUGCCCAAGUGCCCACCUUCUUCCCUUGUGGCGGUUAGAUGCCAGGCUGAGGAUCGCGAAGAAGCUGGGCCUCUCCCUGCCAAAGUGAAUCUCACUCAUUCAGAAAUCUAACGUCGUUUUUUAAAGAAAAGUUAAUUUAAAAGACACUCUAACUUUCCGUUCCUGAUGUGGCUUUUUUUUCCCAUUGGUUUCUUUGGAUAUGGGGCUUAGGAAAUCCGCUGAAAAUGCAAAUAAAGUUACCAAUCUGG